UUCUCUAUCCUAAAAUACUUCAUCUUUUUUGUCACACUUUCACUGGACCCAUCACUUUAAUCCUCAACUAACCAGUUGAAACCACGCACAUUCCCCUAUUUGGUUUCAUGUCUUUCAUUAAAACAGAAACAUUUUCAGCUCAGGAAAGUAAACCAAUGACAGCUUCUUGUUGAAUCUUGAAGGAUUUUUUCUGCCAGGGUCUUCAAGUCAUACUUGGCCACCUAUGACAACAGAUACAACAACUCCAAGUUAUUGGUUGAACUGGAGAUUCUUACUGUGUGCAAUAUGGAUAUUAGCAGCUAUGGUGGUUUCAAUUCGCAUAAUAUGGAAGUAUGAAGAAUGUUCUUCAAAGUCGAAAAGAAGCCAGCAAAGAGAGAAUGGGGAAAAGAAAGCAGGGAUUUUAUACAAAGAUGAUGUUUGGAAGACAUGUUACAAAGCAAUCCAUCCUAAUUGGCUGCUUGCUUAUAGACUAAUUGCUUUCGCCGUGCUUCUGUCUUUGCUCAUUGCAGAUGUAGUUCUUCAUGGUGUACACAUACUUUAUUUCUAUACUCAGUGGACAUUCACCUUAGUUACAGUCUACUUUGGGCUAGGAUCUUCUCUCUCCAUUCAUGGCUGUUUCCAAUCUCGCAAGGGAGGUAAAGGUGAGAGUGGUGAUAGUGUUGAUACAGAGAGAGGCACUUACACGGCUCCAAUUCCUGAAAAUGCAAACGUACUUAUUGUUUCCAAUGGCUUGAAUUCCCAUGGAGAACCACAUGUUAGAGAAGCUGCAGGUCCUUGGAGCGUUGCCUUUCAAAUAAUAUUCCAGAUGACUGCAGGUGCUGUUGUUCUUACAGAUUGUGUUUUUUGGCUCGUUAUCUACCCAUUCCUCACUGACAAAAAUUACAGAUUGCAUUUUCUGGCUGUUUGUAUGCAUUCUGUCAAUGCCGUUUGCCUUCUCGGUGAUGUGUUUCUAAAUCGUCUACGGUUCCCUUUCUUCCGUGUAACAUAUUUUGUGCUCUGGACAUGUGUAUUUGUCAUUUUCCAGUGGAUCCUCCAUAUUUUUGUCUCAAUGAGGUGGCCUUAUCCCUUUCUAGACUUGUCAUCUCAAUAUGCUCCCCUUUGGUAUGUGUACGACCUCAUACGAGAAAUCAGUAUAUGCAGAGUAGUCAAUGUGCUUAUUGUGCUAUUCAUGCUUGCUCAAAAAUGUGAAAUUGCAGAUUAUUUCAUAGCUCCGUAGGGAUAUAAUCAGAGUUGGAGAUGCUCAAUGAGUUCAAACUCCAGUAAGAAGCCCAGGAUUACACGGAGCGGAGCUUAGAGCCUUUACUUUAGGUAAACCGCACUAUGUAAUCACUCAAUGAAAGCUCAAAGUUGUCUGGGGCAGGAGAAAACUCAUAUCAAGCACUGCCCCGGCAUCAAUUGGUAAAUAACAUUAUUUUUAGUGCCACUCAAAUAAAUCAGUAGGGCAAGACAUCCGAUUUAUUUUUUCCAAAUGACUUGAUUUACUUGUUCCAGUUUGUGGUGUAGUUGUUAAUUGAUUGUUGAUUUAAUUUAGCACUGGACAUUAAACCAUGAUUUUACAGGGUGGUUCUACACUACAAAAUGAGAUAUUCUGGUUUUAGGUUUGUCA